CUCAAUCUCAAUCUCAUUCUUAUUGUUCUUAUUCAUCGAGCGACAGAGGCAACAAUCUCUCUCUGAGCAACAAUGCCAGCCCAGAAGCGUUCCUUUGCUGAGUCAAUGGACGAUGAAGAUACUUCUCAGAAGCAACUUCAACAUUCUCUCCAUGUCAAACAUCAACCCAACAACGACCAACACUUCAUCGACCAACAACAACACCUCGAACAAGAAGACGGUGAAGAAGACGAUGAUGAACAGCAAGAGAACGAAGAUGAGGAAGAUGAACAAGGAGAAGAAGAGGGAGAUGAAGAAGAGGCUGAAGAUGAUGAUGAUGAUGAUGAUGAAGAUGAAGAUGAAGAUGAAGAUGAAGGGAAGAACCACAACGAUGACAAUGAAAAAUCACAGGAUUCCGAUGAAACCCCUUCUUCUGACUCUGAAGAAAAGCCUGAAUAUGUGUAUGUGGAACUUCAGGAUAUUCGUAAAGAUGUCCAAUGUCCAAUUUGCCUUGGUAUCAUUAAGAAAACAAGAACUGUUAUGGAAUGCUUGCACCGGUUUUGCAGGGAAUGCAUUGACAAAUCAAUGCGUCUGGGGAACAAUGAAUGCCCUGCUUGCCGCACACACUGUGCAAGCCGUCGCUCAUUGAGAGAUGAUCCAAACUAUGAUGGCCUUAUUGCUACUUUAUAUCCAAAUAUUGAGAAAUAUGAGGAAGAGGAGCUUGAAUUUCGUGAAGAGGAGAAGAACCGAAAUAAGCAGAUUCAAGCUUCAAUAGCGAAAGUAUUUCAACGGCAAUCUGAAGCACUGGUUAAGAGGCGUAAGGACACACCAAGCUCAUUUGUGACAAGAUCACAGCGUAAUCAAAGAAACAUUCAGUCUAGGAGACCAAACCAAGCUGUUGAUAUUCAAGGAUCUGAAGAAAAUGAGGAGGGAAAUGGAAAUAAUGAAAGAGACUCAUCUUCUGGCGAUGAGCGGGGUACUGAACUCCGACAUAGAAGACGAAGGAGGUGGACAAGAGUUCGCCCCUCUCAGCCCUCAUCAUCAAUGGCAAGUCCUGAUGGUGGAAGUGUAGACAGUGACGUGGAUAUAAGUAGAGACAAUCGAGGAAUUUCAAGGCAGGUGUCAAAACCUAGAAAGCUGACUUGGGGAAGGGGUGGUUUUAGGAGUAACACAAGACAUGGCAGUGGUGGUGGUAGCAGCAGCAAAAGCUCCCGCAGCGGUCGAAAUGCUAAGAUUGUUGAUCAUCUCAAAAGCUUGAAUGAAAACACUGAUGAGUUUGAUGUUCAUGUAUUGCUUAUUUCUGCGGACAAAGAAACUACACCAAGUUUGGAGCAACUUCACAUGUGUUGUCAGCCAACUUUGCCUGUCAACCAACUUUAUGAACAUGUUGCUAGUCAGACACCGUUGCUGGUUGAAGAAGUUGAGAUACUGGCAGUUAAAGGAUGCUGCAGUACAAAUUCUGACGAGUCCGCUGAUGAGAAUCCAAUCCCGGUUUAUGAUGACCUCACGUCGGUGGUUAUAGAUCCGCAAAAUGAUGAACUAGAAAUUUUGCAAGCUCAUGAAACUUUGGCAGCGAUUAGUUCCAAAUGCGUGUUUAUAAGGGGACAUUCGAUUCUGGCCUAUAGAAGAAAGGUCUAAGGAGGUAUUAUCUUGGUUUGGUUGGCAGGCGUUUCAGAUAGACAUCAAUGCUAUGAACUGUGUACAUAAAUAAAAAAAGACCAAUUUCUUACAUUGUUUUUUAGGUGCACCCGAUAAAAGUAAGUAAUAAAGUUAUCCUAUAGUAUACUAAAUUAUAAAAUUAUGCCAGCAUUGUAAUAUCUUCAAUAAGAUUUAGAUAUACCUCCUAAAAUAUUGAUUACAAAUUCAAUUUCGGGUGAUUUUUUAUGUAUUAAUUAUUGGAUGAAGUUUAAGCGUUCCAAAUAUGUUAUACAUACAUGAAAUAGUUUAAGUAAUAUUAUUGUUUCUUUCCUUUACA